AUGUAUCAUGAUGGACUACCCGAUUGGCUGCUGUCGUUGGAGGGAAUUAUCAGGCAACGUGAAGAUCACACCAUACGAACGGCCGAACCGACGCCAUCUUCUCUACCUUCGCUCAACUCGUCAACUGCAGCUAAGGAUCAGACUGAUGGAUCGGAUAUGAAGGACGAAGACAUGAAAAAUAGAAAGGAGACUAAACAAAAGCCGGGUGAAUCCAAGCAGAAGAUCAAGCCGUCUGGUAAUCGGAUGAUUCUUUCGGACGACAAGAAGAAAUCGAUCGUGUGGGAUGAUAAACUGCAGCGGUGGCUCAAUCAGGAUGGGACAGAAGAUGAAACAAGUGGCCCGGCGGCUCCUCCCAUCGACAUGCAACUUCAGUCUCAAGGCAUGUUGUCUGCAUUAGGACAAACAAACAACGUCGACGGUACUGAAAGACCAGGGCCUCCCUUUCCAGGAAACGAACAAGUGGGAGCGUCUAUGCCUAUGACAUCCAUGAAUGCCUAUUCUCGCCUCAAUUCUGGACCGAGAGGAAGACAAGGUUUGAGAAACAAGUAUGUCGACGUGCUGAAUCUUGGCGGCAACGGAGGCUCGUCGUCUCAUAGUUCUAUAGCUCCACCGCCCGCCGUUCCCGGCAUCAUGAAUCUGCUGCCAAGCCAACCAUUUAGCGGAACUCUGUUCGUUCCACAAUCGACAGACAAUACAACAGGCGACACGCUUACACAACAGUCUGCCGAUGGGUCAGAUCAAGUUACACAGUCAAGUGAAGGACAGAUGGCACCCCUACACGUCGGAUCGACAACUUCCGGUCUCCCAUCAGCAUCACAUCUACAUCAAAUACCCGGUGUAUACAACAACAGUGAACCAACAAGAGGAUCGUCACCAGACAGAAUGUCGACAACGAGCAAAGUCAGUGAGUUUUCACUGGAAGUCAGACAGCAUAUGGGAUAUCCAAGACCGACAGAGAACACACCGAUUCAUCAUGCCGGUCAGAUCCCGAUGUACUCAUCACCCGGGCCUCUUCCUGCUUUCAGUGUGCGUGUGCAGCCUCAACAACGCGGUCGAUUCGGAAACGUCAGGCCUCGAUAUGUUGGGAUGGGCGUGUCGUCGAAGCCUCCGACCACCAUGUAGACAGAGAGCGGCCGUCGUCGACGUUGAAUAGUAGGAAAACACAAAUGUAUUUUGUUUACGUUCUCUUCGUGUCUCUCGUUUUCGUAGAGUACUCGAUAUAUCUUGUAUCUGUAGGACGUACUGUACUGUCGCAUGCACAUGUAAUAUGAUGUGCCGACAGGACUGAUUAAUUAAUUGAGAAUAAUUUUAUUGAGUGACGAACCGAAAUCGUAUCUGCACGAGCAUU